UAUGAAGAAAACAAUUUUUGAGGCGGUAAAAUCUAUGAAGAAUGGAUCUCUGACGAGUACUCAACUCCUAAACACGUGCUUGGAAAGAGUAGAAAAAGCUAAAGACUUACAAGCUAUAGUAACAUUAAACGAUGAACUAUGUAAGAUAAAAGCUGCCGCUUUAGACGCUAAGAGAGAGGAAUUAAGUGGAGAUGAGUUAGGACCUUUACACGGAAUUCCUGUAGCCGUUAAGGAUAAUUUUAGUACAGCUGGUAUACGGACAACAUGUGCCAGUCGAAUAUUAAGCGACUAUGUACCAAAUUAUACAGCUACUGCAGUUCAAAAAUUACUAUCUGCUGGUGGUUUACUUCUAGCCAAAACAAACAUGGAUGAAUUUGCAAUGGGUGCAGGAUCGGUUGAAAGUCACAUGGGUGAAGUAAGGAAUCCCUGGAAUACAGAUCGUGUUGCGGGAGGUAGUUCGGGAGGGUCGAUUGUGUCUGUAGCAUGCGGAGCUGUUUUUGCAGCCUUAGGAUCGGAUACAGGUGGAUCCGUAAGAAAUCCAGCGUGUUUUUGUGGAGUUGUAGGAUACAAGCCAUCGUAUGGUUUAAUAUCUAGACACGGUCUCAUUUCUUUGGAAAAUUCUAUGGACACAGUCGGCAUAGCUGCGAGAUAUGUGGAUGACGUAGCCUACAUCUUGGAUAUUAUUGCUGGAUGGGAUGCUAAGGAUUCUACAUCUGUUAAGAGGCCAGUUGACAAGGUGCAGUUAGACGAAGAGCCAUCUGUUAAAGGUCUAAAUGUUGGUAUUCCCUACGAUUUUCACGCACCUGGAACAAGUAGAGAAGUUAUAGAUGAAUGGAGUAGAAUUGCUGACGAAUUUGAAAGGGCUGGUGCUAAUGUUGUGAGUGCAUCUCUACCCUCAACUCAAUUUGGUAUAGACGCUUAUUACGUUUUAUGUAAAUCCGAAGUGGCAUCAAACAUGGCUCGUUAUGAUGGUAUAGAAUAUGGUUUUAGAUCAAAUGGUGAAAGCACUGAACAGUUGUACGCCUCGACUAGGGCAAUAGGUCUAAAUGACGCUGUUAGGGAGAGAAUAUUAGCUGGAAAUUAUUUUCUAUUAUCAAGAAACUACAAGAAAUACUACGAAAAAGCUCAAAAAGUUCGAAGAAAAAUUGCGAACGAAUUUAACGAUACCUUUAAUUCCGGAAUAGAUGUUUUACUAACUCCAGCAGUCCUUGAACCAGCUCCUAGAUUUGAUUGGUUUAAAGAUAGCAGAAAUAGAGUUAAGAGUCAAGAUCAUGAUAUUUAUACAAUUACGGUUAACCUGGCCGGUCUUCCUGCUGUUGUCGUUCCCACGGGAUUAAAUAAAGAAAAUUUACCUAUUGGCCUUCAAUUAAUUACACCAUAUUUGAAUGAUGUUAAACUAUUAAAUAUUGCCAAAUGGUUGGAAAAUUAUUGCUCAUUUAAACAAUUUGUCGAUCGACAAAUGAAUUAA